UUGAGCUAAGAGCAGGGAUUCCAUAGUACUAGCUAGCAAUGGAGGGUGCGUGCCUGUGCUUCCUCAAAUCCGCAUGCCAGUGCCUGGUAAGCCAGGCGGCGUCAACUGCCACCAAUGAGAUGGCCGUGCAAGCUGGGGUGCAAGCGGACGCCAUGAUCCUGGCGGAAGAGCUCGGGGAGAUGCACAAGUUCCUCGCAGAUGUGGAGGAGUAUGACUAUGAGGAGGCCGGUGGAGAGAUGGAACCGAGCGGUGAUGCGGAGGAGGAACGGCGCUGGGUGGACAAAAUCCGGGACAUGGCAUGCGACAUCGAAGACUGCCUCCUGCAGCUCGCCCCUCACCGGGAGAGUCCGUCCUUGUGGAGGGUACGGUGGGCCUCUCUAGCGCCGCGGCACAGUAUCGCCGCCGAGCUCAAGGACUUGGUGUCCCAAGUGAAGCGCGUGAGCGAGAUAAGGGAGCGCUAUCAACGCGCCCGCGACAGGGCGGUGAGGAAGCCGGCGGUCAAGCCGGUGGAGGAGGGGGCGUGGCCAGUUGAAUGGAAGGUCGAUCUCGGCCAUCUGCUUGCGCGGCCCGAUGAAUCACUAUUGGUGAUAUCUGUGUGGCAGAUGGCAGCCGGCGGGAAGGCCACUUCUCUCAUCGACCUAGUCUAUGAUGACGCCAAGAUGUUCCAGUGCCGCGCAUGGGUCACGGCGACUCACCCCAUGAGCCUCACCGAGUUUCUCCGAGGCUUGGCGAGGCAGCUCCAGGCAAAUGAAAAUGAUUGCCCGCCGCCGGUGUCGCAGAGCACACUCAGGUUCCUAGGGGAUACUGAGAGGAUGGGGACAGAGGAGCUGAUGACGGUGGUAGCACACCACCUUAGCGCGAAGCGGUACCUGGUCGUCGUCGAAGACGUAUGCACAAGGCCCACGUGGGACUGGAUCAAAGUCUUCUUCCCGGAUCACAGGAAUGGCAGCCGGAUUAUAGCUACAUCUCAGAGAGCUGAUGUGGCAAGGCAUUGCGCUCGGCGACCAAGAAGAUCGUUCGCUCUUGAAGGAGUUAAACAAGAUGAUGCACGGCUUUACGUCUCUUCCGACAAGGUAUCUGCUAUUCAGCCUUUUCUCGCCUUUUCAAAAUACAGUGUUAUUUCAGCAGAUGGUGGUUCAUUAGCUAGCUGUUGGAUAUCUAUUAUUAUAUUAUUAUUAGUGCCACGUCAGGUGCAGCUCAUGGGGAAACAGCCCGCCGCCACCAUGGCCAUUGCCAAAAUCUACUUAUCCUCUUGUUGCCAAUUAUGCAUGUCUUCUUUUCAGGCUGCCACUAGUGAAUCGAAUGUUGUUAUAAAAAUAGAUCCAUACUCGCAGUUUGUUGGUAGGAGGGAGGAAGUUGCUGAUUUAACCAAACGGAUAUUAGAGGACGGUCCUGACUGCUGCCCAAUCUCAGUGUACGGGCCUAGUGGUAUUGGAAAGAGCCUCCUCAUGAGGAAAGUUGUCUACGAUGGCCAAGGGAUAUCUAGGAGGUUCGAAAGGCUAGCGUGGAUCACGUUGGUGCAUCCCUUCAACCAGGAGGAGUUCCAGCAAAGCAUAAUUUCACAAUUCCAGGCAUGCUCCCCGGGAUGGAGGAAAGAAUCUGGGAGUCAUAUCGAGGACAUGGCUGGUGACAAGUUGGCGACUAAGAUGUUUCAGCUCAUGAAAGUAGGGAGAUCUCUGGUAAUCCUCGAUGGGCUGUCAGAAGAAGAAGAAUGGGAUCAGGUGAAGUCGUGCUUAUGGAGUUCUGAUGGAAUUAAAGAUAACUGCACUAUCGUGGUUACUACUACAAAUCCUGCAGUUGCUCAUCAUUGUUCAGGGAAUAGGAACUCUCCAUACAAGUUGAACCCUCUUGACAGCGCUGCAGUUCGUCAGUUGUUCUACCAUAAGGUAUUCAAGCGUGAUGGGCUAAUUGAGUUGCAUGAACAAAUGGAUUAUCUUGCUAAUCGCAUCAUAGAAAAAUGCGUUGGGGACCUUCGUGCAAUCAUUAUCAUAAGUGGACUUCUAGGCACCAAAGCACGAACAUUAGCAGCAUGGGAGAGGGUGCGGAAACGUUAUGACUUGGAGUUAGAAAACAACCCUGGCCUUGGGGUGGCUAAUGCAGCAGGAAAAUUGAGCUAUGAUGAUUUACCAUCCCAUAUGAAAUAUUUGCUACAAUAUCUUAGCAUUUUCCCCAGAGGCUACAACCUAAUGCGCAGAAGAUUGGCAACUGCAUGGGUAGCAGAAAUCUACAACAUGCAUGAAAGAGGAAAUAAUGCUGAGGAACUUGAGAAGAUCUUUGAUGGCCUGAUUACCAGGGGUAUGAUUCAUCCAUUGAAACGAGUAGAGAUAACUGGCGGAAGAGUAAAUGGCUGCCAUGUUGGUGAUGUGUUUCAACAACUCGGUGAUUUCAAAGCAAAAACGGGGGAUUGGUUCCACAUCCUUGAUGAUCACAGUGUGAAUAGGAACCCUGCAAUCUCCCAACCCAGACACCUAGUUAUUAAAAGUGGGUGGAUAAGACAUGAGGAUGAGUUCAAGAAAAUAGACCACUCUUGUGCUCGGUCACUAACAGUUUUUGGGGAGUGGAGUUCUUUUUUCAUUUCACCAAGCAUGAGGUUGCUAAGAGUGCUUGAUUUGGAAGACACUACAGGUCUAGUGGAGCAUGAUGACCUUGAGAAAAUUGGGGAAUUCCAGCAUCUCAAGUAUCUAGGUCUCAGGAACACAGGCAUUACCCGUCUACCGAACUCCUUGGGCAAGUUGCAAUGCCUUGAGGUAUUAGAUAUCCGUGGCACUUACAUCGCCAAGCUGCCAUCUACUGUCAUCCAUCUCGCUAGGCUGUGCCAUCUCCGUGGUGGUACAAUGGCUGCAUCAAUGGAAGACAAUGCUCAGCGAGAUUUUACUGGUGGAGUGACCAGAUGUUGUCCUCAGUCUCUCCAGAAUGCCACUUUAUCUGCUUUCUGCAAAUGUUUGCUCCCUACGUUUCAGAGGAAGAAACCACAUGGUGUGCAUGCCCCGAAGAACAUAGGGAAACUGAAGUUCAUUAUUACACUAGGGACCAUUGAUGUUGCAGGCAGUCGAAGUGUUAUGAAGGAGAUACAGAAGCUGACACAGUUACAGAGAUUAGGUUUCACCGGCGUUACAUAUCGCAACAGCAAGCAUCUGUGCUCUAUUCUUGAGCGUCUCCAGAAUCUGCGGUCAUUGAUGGUUCACUCUGGAGAUUCACUCGGCGGAUUAGAUAUUGUUUCCUCACCCCCACGCCAUCUUGAAACACUGAAACUAUAUGGCACUCUUGGUACGCUCCCAAGGUGGAUCAAGACCCUUCAUAAUCUCCAAAAGCUAUGCCUGCGCACAACACUCCUGGGCCAUGAUGCUGUACAGAUCAUCGCUAAGCUACCCAAGUUGAUCAUGCUACACCUCUUGGCUAAAUCAAUUGUGGUGGAGGAGAUGGAAUUUCAAAGCGAUGCGUUUCCAAAACUUGAGCUGCUCCAACUUGACCGGUUAGAAAAUCUCGUGUCGGUAUCAUUUCCAGGAGGAGCACUGCCAAACCUAGAGGUACUGCAAGUCGAUAACUGCAACCUUUUAAGAGGGCCUGUCCUGCGUCAAUUUCACAAGCUCCCGAAAAUUAAAAAGAUCUUGCUGGAUGGCUGCAUGGUGUUCAAGAAACAAGAGGAGAGAAAACUUAGGAAUGCUUUUAUGUUAGUUCAAACUGUCCUGCGAUGGUAUGGGAAGGCAAGAAAAGGCACUUCACAGUAGUCACUUUUUUGUUUUGCAAGAUGAUGAUAUAUG